AUGUAUAUCCAGAGAAAUGUCAACUUCCAUUAGAUGCAGGACGGUGCAAAGCUUCGUUCCUUCAUUUUUAUUUCAAUGCAGCAACAGGGAACUGUGAGGAAUUCAUUUACAAUGGAUGUGGAGGAAAUGACAACAACUUCUACACUAUGGCGCAAUGCAGAACUGAAUGUCAACGUUCUGUUUCCCCUGAACCUCCAGAGAUAUGUAAUCUUCCCCGAAAAAUAGGAAGGUGCAAAGUUGCAUUCCUUCGUUUUUAUUUCAACAAAGCAACUGGGAAGUGUAAGCGAUUCUUUUAUGGUGGAUGUGGAGGAAAUAAAAACAACUUCUACAGUAUGGCUCAAUGCAGAGCUACAUGUCAACGUUCUG